AUGGCAACUGAUCUAGAACAUGACAGAUCUUCAACAACGACAUCAAAUACCUGUUUAAUUUGUGAUGGUAGCACAGGAGUGUCAGCUCGAAAUGCUAUCUCUAUAUUUCAGCACCGUGUAUCAUCUUCAGAUCGUACUGUAGUUAAGGUUAUUGAUGGUGUCCUUGGUAUAGUCCUCUCUUCUGAAGAUGUACAUUCUAUUGUUGUGUGCCGUCGAUGUUUCAAAAGUUUGAAUGAAGUGGAUGAACUUGAAGAUCGGUUAGCUGACAUCAAAUUAGAGCUUACCUCUCAAUAUCAACGUACACUAAAGAGUAAAUCUGAGGGUGUUGAUAUACAUACUAUAGACACUAUUGAUACAGAACAUGAAAUUGACACACCAAAACCAGUUAAAAAACGAGGUCGGCGUCCUAAGAUUAAGGAAGAAUCUAUUGAUGUCCAUAUUUCUAACGAAGACACAUUACAAGAUAAUAUUGAUAUCAAAGAGAUGGAAAAGCAGCAAAAGUGUUCAUCAGUAGAUAAUUUAAUAGAAAUGUUAGAAGAUGAUUGUAAAGACAAUAAUGAUGUUUCAAUUGAUAUUGAAGAAGAGUGCUCUCAAAAACUAAUUCAGCCUGCCGAUAUAAAACAAGAAGCUAUGAUUGGAGAUUUAGAAAAUAUUGAUGAAGAUGAUGAUCUAGAUGAUAGUGCAAUACUUGAUGACGAUGAUUCAGAUUAUGAAGGAAAUGAUGAUUGUAAAAAUGAUGGUGCUGAAUCUAGUAGUCCAAAAAAACAAAAAAUGACUAAAAAUACCCUAAAGAAAAAAACUCCUGAAAUUCUUAUACCGCAAAUGUUGGUUCAUCAUGAUGGAGAAAUUUACACUUGCCUGUUGUGCAGUGUAGAUAAUAAAUUUACUGCAGAUGCUAGAGGUAUAGUGGUUCAUGCAAAAAAUGUGCAUCAGAUUAAGUUAUUUAUUUGCGAUAUUUGUGGUCAAGAGUUCCUUAAAAGACCUGAACUGAUGAAACAUCUUGAACAUCAUGCAAAUAGUGAAGAUGGUAACUUUGUUUGUGACAUUUGCAGUCGAGUAUUUACCAAUGUGCGUAUGUUCAGGGUACAUAAAAAAAUGCAUAUGCCACAAUCUAAAAAUCAUACUUGUGAAACUUGUGGCCGACAAUUUGCAUCUCGGAACACAUUAGAAGAACAUAAUAAUACACAUACAGGAGUGCGUCCAUAUCGUUGUGAUAUAUGUGGUAAAGAUUUUACAUCCAAGUAUACAUUCAAAGCACAUGAAAAGGUACAUACCAAUCGUGAGAGAAACUUUACUUGUAUAAAUUGUGGUAAAGCUUUUCUUACUGAGCAAAAUCUGAUACAUCAUGAGCGAACACAUUCAGGGCUUAAAAAUUAUGUAUGCCAAAAAUGUGGCAAAGCUUUUGGUACUGCACGCAAUUUAGAAGUGCAUUAUGUUGUACAUACUGGGUACAAACCAUUUAUUUGUCGUAUGUGUGGCAAAGCAUUUGCUAGGAAAGCUGAGAUUAGGGAUCAUGAGCGUAUUCAUACUGGUGAAAAACCAUACCAGUGUGAAUUUUGUGGAGCAACAUUCAGUCAAAGAAGCAACUUGCAAUCUCAUAAACGAGCUACCCAUUAUGAUGAUAAGCGUUAUAAAUGUACAGAUUGUGGUAAAGGAUUUAAGAGACGUCGCUUAUUAGAUUAUCAUAUGAAGGCUGCACACACUGGAGAAAGGCCAUUUAAAUGUGAAGUUUGCCAAGCAUCAUUUAUCUACCCAGAACACUUUAAAAAACAUGCACGUAUUCAUACAGGAGAAAAACCUUAUUUAUGCGAAGUUUGUGGUAAAGCGUUCAACAGUAGAGAUAACAGAAAUGCUCAUCGUUUUGUACACAGUGACAAAAAGCCCUACGAAUGUUUAGUUUGUGGUGCUGGAUUUAUGCGAAAACCAUUGCUUUAUAAUCAUAUGACUCAAGCAGGACAUUUGAAUGAUACUAUUGUCGUUAAUCAACCACGGCUAGCAUCUAGUCCUGUAACCAUACAAGAAAUUCAAGAAGAUAUUCAAAUGCCAGGUACAGAUUCUGAAAUGGAAUUGGCUAUGGUGGUUGAUUCUGAUGGAAACCAAACAGCAUUGCGUGACAUGACUGAAGAAGAAAGAAAAUUGUUUGCGGGUGAAUUAAAAGAGCACAUACUUUUGCCAGGAAAACAAGAAGACCUUGGAAAUGAUUUAAAUUCUGUUGAGCAAAUACUUGUUGAUAAUAAAUUUCAAAUCCAAUACACAACGACUGACCAACAUGGUGAUGUUCAUACGAUGUUGAACAUGGAUCAUCAUGGGGAUGACGGUGAUGUGGAUGUUGGACACAUGGAGACUGUUACUGUAAGUGUUGGUGGACAAGAACAUCGUCAAUUAAUAGUGCCAGCCACUCGCCACAUUACAUUGAAUGAAAGUGAUGCUGCAGCAUUUGCUGAACAUGCUACUAUUAAUGGCGAAAAUGUUCAGAUAGUACAGAUUCAAAUACAGGACGAUGAUGGAGAAGACCAAAAACAUUGGUUUAAUAUUAUUCAACCACAACAAGGAUAACAAAAAAAAUUCUAAAUACUAUAACAUUUUAAUUAUUUAAGAUUAUGGUUAAGUAUGUAUUUUAAUUAUAUUACAGAUAUAUAUAUAUAUACAAUGAUGGACAGAAAACUAAUUUUUCAAGUCCUUAAUAUUUAUCUUCAUUUUAACUAAGUUUUAGCCUAUGCAAUAUAAUGAUUUUUAUUUUAUGUUCAUACUGUUAACAGUAAAUACGUUUUCUGUAUUUAUGAAUUUAAUUUAUUAAUCAUUAUAUAAUGGGAUUAUAGUUGGUUAACUUUAAGUUCAUUUUAAGAUUUUAUGUUAUUUUAAGAUGAACUUGACUUACUGUUGCACUUAAGAUUACCCUUUUGUGAUAUAACCUCCUGUACUUUCCUUAUUUUUAAUUGUAAUACAACUUAAAUGAUUUAGAAAUAAAGUUAUUUUGUUCAAUUUUAUACUAAUAAUAUUU